GUCUGCGGGGAGAGAUGGCCCGCUGGGUCCUCCGAAUGAUUGUUGGGGACUUUGUGUAGAGAUGGGGUUCGUGACAGUGGAAACUGCAAAUUGCGUCCGCUCCUCUCGCAGCUUAUGUCGAUCGGCGGGGUUGAUUUCGCGCAGUCUGCAAGAUGGGGUCGAAGCAUCCUGCCAUGGGUACCACGAUUUCCGACGAUAGAAUCGAUGGUCGAGAAGAGUCGAUGUUCAAUUCGGUUAGAGGUAGUCUGAAAGGUGGCGCUAACCGGAUGCAGCAAAGCCGACCUGGACUCGGACAGCGUAGUCCAGAUUGUGGGCUUCAGGAACCUUAUUCCGGUGCGAAAGUUGUUGACUAAGCUGCAUCAUGCUCUACUGAAGUUCGGUCAUCGAGAAGCUCUUCCAUCCUCAACAUGGACAAAGUCCUAAAUCACAUAAGGAAUCUCCGAGCCGAAGCUGAAUCUUUGCUGAAAAACGGGAACCGUCAUGAUGGCGAUGACGAAGCUCACUGUGGCGUUGAGAAAUCAAUAGACUGCUCGAAUUGCGGGGGUGACAGGUGGGUAUUAAAACUUAGACAAAAGGCCGGUUUCUGGAGGAGCAAACCUUUGGUGGUUCUCAGCUUAUUCGAUGGCAUCGGUGGAGUGUGGGCGGCUCUCGAGAAUCUUGGCAUUCCUUUUAUCGGGUACAGCUGUGAGGUGAACGCCGAUGCGAUGAAAGUGACCCAGCGAAAUUACUGCUCUGUUCGUCAUUUGGGAGAUAUCCAUCGACUGAAAAAAGCAGACAUAAAAGAGAAGAUAGACCUUGUUGUGGGUGGAUUUCCUUGUCAGGACUUGUCCUCCAUGGGAGCGAGACUGGGGCUACACGGAAGUCGAAGCCGACUUUUCUUUGAAAUGCUACGAGUCAUUAAAACAUUCAGCCCAACAUGGUUUCUUGCGGAAAAUGUAGCCUCUAUGAGUUGGGUGGAUCGCGAAGAAAUCUCAAAGCAUCUGAGUACCACUCCCUUGGAGAUCGAUUCUCAGAACUUCAGCCCUUGUAAACGGAGGCGCCUGUACUGGUCAAACAUACCCUAUCCUAAGACCUGUCCCCGCAUCGGAGAUAAUGAGGCAACCUCUAUCCAGAGCGUCGUUCAAGGGGGCGCUUCUCUGGCGAAGAAAAACAUGUGUGUAUUAUCCUCAAAUGGUCUACAGGGUGCAACUAAAGCCCUGAUGGAACUAGUGUACGACUUUCGUAUCGACAAGCCUCGCUACAUCAACGUGGUGGAAGUAGAACAAAUGAUGGGAUACCCCCCGCACUACACCAACGUGAAGUUUGAUGAUCAGAAACCGAAGGCAAAAAUUCAGAGGCGUCGAGAGACCGAAAUUAAGGAGGGAGGGGUUGACCGAAACACCAGAUGGCGGCUAUUGGGCAACUCGUUCUCAGUUCCGGUGAUAUCGUUUCUCUUGAGCCCCCUGUUAGAUGCUGACAUCCGAGAUCAGACCAGGAAAUACCAUCUUCCAGCGUCGGUUCGGGAGGCAGACUGCUCCGUCAUGUCUCCAGGCGAGAUUUGGGCGAUGUACAACAUCCAUCAACGGCCAAACUGGUAUGUACAGAUUGUGAGUCGAUCCGGUGAGCGAUUCGAUCUAAACGUAAACGAACGAGGAAAGAAAGGUUCUCGUCUUCCUCUUCGCAUCGAGUGCAGAUUUUUGGAGCUAACUAAACCUUACGAAGCUGGACAGCUGGAUUUGUGGAGUACAAUCAGAGGCUGUGGUCUGUAUACUGUGUCGGAAGGUAUUGAAGUACAGGGGUCGUGGGUUGCAUUUUCUCAUCAAGUGACUAGUCUCCUGAAAGUAGAUCAUGGUCUAAUUUUCAUCUAUCCUGCCAAGGGCGAAGUUUGGUCCGUCUAUGAUAGUGGAACUGAAAGCCGCUAUCUUGUUUAUGUGCUCGAGAGCUCUGUGAAUACAAAAAAAGCGAAAUUGCGAGUUCCAGGGAAGGAAGGCUUCUCUGCUCGUUGUCGCCUGCUACAGAAAAAGAUAGAGCUCGAUCUUUACAGAAUUAUAGACAAGGAACUAGUGUAUACCGAUCUAGGAGUUUUCUCGUUCCGAGCUCCAUAUCAUUUCCAUGGUGAGGGAGAUGUUUUGAAGAUCGAGCUCUCGGUCAAAGAUCGAGAGAGAGGAGCACAGAUUGAUGGUCUCAAGAGGAAAAGAUUAUCUAGACAUUUUGAAUCAGAUGAUGAGGACUUCCUGGAUAUGGAUAUAGGGGACGAAUUUGGAGCCAUGCCUAUAGCGAUUGGGAAUAUUACAAGCGAGCCUCUUGCCAAUGGGGAGUCUAAAAGCGAGUCAAUUUUAACUGUAGUGACGAAGAGAGAUGAGGAACGGUUGGUGCAACCCAAAGAAGACGCUAUAAGAGGGCAUUUGGAGCCUCUCAAGUUGAAGCCAGCACCCAGAAGAUCCAGCCGAAGUACUGCGGGUCUGCGAAGUACGCCUUACACACCAUGAGACAAAGUACUGGAUUCGAUUGUACACUGCUGUUGCGCAAUUUGUGGGAGUUGAAAAACUUUACUUAUUUCUUGAAACACCAUUAUUAAUAAAUAAUGGUGUUAGUAAUGGACAACUAAGUAAUAUACAUAGGCGUAUCAUCUCGACGGUCGAGAAAUGAGGGGUUUCGAGGUUGUCACUAAGGAGUCCAGUUCAUUCUCGGGAAAACUUCAGCGGGGGAUAUGGACGCGCAUUACCGCACUUGAUUAAGCUUUACCGUGAAGACCGAAUCUCCUACAGGUUUCACGGCAGUUCAAAACUUCCGACCCCUUGAAAUUUGUUUUGAUUCAAGUUCUUCCAUGGAAGUAGAUGUCAGGGUCUACAGGCGACAAUGGAUUAUGAAUUACAAAUAACAUUUUUCAAAUUUACUAGUUACAAAUUACAAAUUUUAUCAACCCAAGCGAGAGUCUCCAGGGUAAACUGAAUGCUUAAUGAUAACAUAAUCGGAAUUUUUUCCUUGUUUAGUUGCUCAGUGCC